GCAACUGGCGGAGGGCGCAAUGGUACGUCUAGCUUGAACGAUGGCAGUUUGAGCAUCAAGAUGGUUCCACCCAAGGAGCUGGGUGGGAAGGGUGACGGACAUAACCCGGAGCAGCUGUUCGCUAUCGGCUACGCUGCCUGUUUCCUCGGUGCUCUCCGCCUCUCCGCCUCUCGCCUGCACCUCAAGCUUCCCGACGAGACCACCGUUAAAUCCCAUGUUCACUUGGGUCCGUACGGUCCCGGUUUCGCCAUCGCAGUAGACUUGGAUAUCCAUGCACCUGGGAUGGAAGCAAAGAAGGAAAAGGUGCAAGAAGCCGUGGACAAGGCACACGCAGAAGUGUGCCCAUACUCGAAUGCUACAAGGGGCAACGUCGAUGUGAAGCUUAGUGUGAGAUGUGACUAA